GCCGCCGCGGCUGCAGUGCGCAGGAAAGCGGGGCCCGCACCCAAGCGCCCAAGCCUAAAGGGGCCUGGGUCCGGGCAUCUGGCGGACGCGCCGGGCUGUGCGCGCUAGCGCAGCAGCCUGACCAGCAGCAGCCACCCGCGCGGCGGGGAUGCCCGGACGCCGGGCCCGGGGGCUGGGCCCCCGGCGGUAACCGGAGCGGGGGGGCCGCGCCCCCCCUCCUUCCCCCACCUCGCUGGUUCCAGAGCCGCAGCUGCUGCGCCCGCGCGCUCCCGGGGACAUUCUAACGGCCGCCGGGCCCCGCCGCCUCUCGCCCCGCUAUUAAUACCGGCGGCCCGGGAGAGGGGCGCAGCGCAGUCAUGGGGACGCUGCUGGCUUUCGUGGUCGGCACGGCGCUGAUGUCCUCCGCCUGGGCGGGCUGUGUGGAGGUAGACUCGGAGACGGAGGCGGUGUACGGGGACACCUUCAAAAUUCUGUGCAUCUCCUGCAAGCGCCGCAGCGAAACCACCGCUGAGACCUUCACGGAGUGGACCUUCCGCCAGAAGGGCACUGAGGAGUUUGUCAAGAUCCUGCGCUAUGAGAACGAGGUGCUGCAGCUGGAGGAGGACGAGCGCUUCGAGGGCCGGGUGGUGUGGAACGGCAGUCGGGGCACCAAGGACCUGCAGGACCUGUCCAUCUUCAUCACCAACGUCACCUACAACCACUCGGGCGACUACGAGUGCCACGUCUACCGCCUGCUCUUCUUUGAGAACUAUGAGCACAACACCACCGUCGUCAAAAAGAUCCACUUGGAGGUGGUGGACAAAGCCAACAGAGACAUGGCGUCCAUUGUGUCUGAGAUCAUGAUGUACGUGCUCAUCGUGGUGUUAACCAUAUGGCUUGUGGCAGAGAUGGUUUAUUGUUACAAGAAGAUCGCUGCUGCCACAGAGGCUGCUGCGCAAGAAAAUGCUUCGGAAUACCUGGCCAUCACCUCAGAAAGCAAAGAGAACUGCACGGGUGUCCAGGUGGCCGAAUAGCCCUGGCCCUGGGCUCCUCAAGGAAGAGCCAGCCUAAUGGGGAACUGCCGGGCAAAGCCUGCCCCCAAUGGGGGUUGGCCAUUCCUGGGCCUCCACAGCCUCAGAGUCCUGCCAGCGGAGCUGCUAGCGGGGGAGGGACAGGUGGCUUAGCUCACGCCCUUAAUCCAGCCUUCCUCCUCCUGCCCACGUGCCCACUCUCGCCAUGCAUGAUGGCUAAAGCAAUACUGCCGCUGCUGCCACCCCUGCUUCUGCUGCCUGUUUUUUUUGGGGUGGGGGCGGUGAGGUGGGGGCAGCGGCUCCGCACCCCUCCUUCUUGCUGAUUUGCACACAUUGGCCGCUCAGACACGCGCUGUGGGGCCCAGCCCCUCCCUGCCCGGCGGGGUCGCGAAGGCCAGAACGGUUUUGCGCAGGGGGUUCUGGAGCCCACUUCAGCCCUCACCGACAUGUCCCCUCCUGCUUCCUCUGGCUGGACCUGGGGGUCCCCUCUCCUGUGAUGCACUCUUGCCCAGCCCACCCUCUCUCACCAGCCUUGGAUUGGGGCCACUUAGAAAGUGGUCCAGACAGCCUCGUCUCUCUUUACACAAGUAGUUUUGUUCGUGAAAUAAAGAUUCUUGGACUUGA